AGUGGCAGCGGUUGGAGCUGCCCCGGAUUGCCGAGCCGGCAGGCAGGCAGGCGGCAGGAGCCUCCGCUGCUGACUCGCCUAUUGAAGCCAUGCCCGCACGUUUCCGUGGGAGCCCCUCCACGGGCGGGGACGGGCUGCGACUUCACCCCCGCCACCGCCAUCCUCUCCUGUGACCCCCCCGGUGCCCACCGCCCCGCGCUGCCCACCCCAGCCGGGGAGAUGGAGCUGCCCCGGGAGUGAUGCUGCUGGCAGGAGCCCAUGUGAUGCUGGGCUAGCGCCGCUCUCGCUCCCUCGUCCCUCUCCCCGCUUGCUCGCAGGCUGUCAUGGCGACUCCCAAUAAUGUUACUCCCACCAACUGCAGCUGGUGGCCCAUCUCGGCGCUGGAGAACGACGCAGGGAAAUCCACGGAGGGGGAGGAAAACCAGGACCCGACAGACCCCGCUCUCAAAUCCCAGGACAGGCUGGUUUUGUACCACUGGACCCAGUCCUUCAGCUCACAAAAGGUGCGGCUGGUCAUCGCGGAGAAGGGGCUGCCCUGCGAGGAGCGGGACGUCAGCAUGCCCCUGAUGGAGCACAAGGAGCCCUGGUUCAUGCGGCUCAACCUGGGGGAGGAAGUGCCCGUCAUCAUCCACAGGGACAACAUCAUCAGCGAUUACAACCAGAUCAUCGACUACAUGGAGAAGAACUUCACGGGAGAAAACGUCACGCAGCUGAUCCCGGAGCCGGGCAGCCUGCUGCACUCGCGGGUGCUGCAGUACCGGGAGCUGCUGGACUCGCUCCCCAUGGACGCCUACACCCACGGCUGCAUCCUGCACCCCGAGCUCACCACCGACUCCAUGAUCCCAAAGUACGCCACCGCUGAGAUCCGCAGACAUUUAGCUAACGCCAGCACGGACCUGAUGAAGCUGGACCAUGAAGAGGAGCCACAGCUAUCGGAGCCCUACCUCUCCAAGCAGAAGAAGCUCAUGGCCAAGAUCCUGGAGCAUGACAACGUGAACUACUUGAAGAAGAUCCUUGGUGACCUGGCGAUGGUGCUAGACCAGAUUGAGGCCGAGCUGGAGAAAAGGAAACUGGAGUACCAAGGGCAGAAGUGUGAACUUUGGCUCUGCGGAUGCGUCUUUACUUUGGCCGAUGUCUUGUUAGGAGCGACCCUGCACCGCCUCAAGUUUCUGGGACUCUCUAAGAAAUACUGGGAAGAUGGCAGCAGACCUAACCUACAGUCCUUCUUCGACAGGAUACAAAAACGCUUCGCCUUCAGGAAAGUUUUGGGAGAUAUACAUACCACGCUCCUCUCCGCAGUGGUGCCCAAUGCCUUCAGGCUGGUCAAGCGGAAACCUCCCUCCUUCUUCGGAGCCUCCUUCCUGAUGGGAUCUCUGGGAGGAAUGGGAUAUUUUGCUUAUUGGUACUUAAAGAAAAAAUACAUCUAGUGCUGGCUGCUCGGUGUUUAGUUUGGUGUCUCUGUGCUGUGUGAAAUUAUGAUGAAGCCUCAGUAACUGUAAUGAAAUUUGAAGCAAGGUAAUGAAUAAUUAUAUUGUUUAAUGUAACAUUCCAUAGUCUAGAAGUAGAAACGUAUACUGCAAGGAAAUAAGACCACAACAACAACAACAACAACAACAAAAUAUGCGUCAACUUGUAAAUGCCUUUUUUAGGUUUAAGUAUUCAACUCCAGCGAGAGGCUCAGGGGUUCACGGGCUCAGCCGUGCCCACCGGGAAGUGACGCCGCCUCCGGCACUGGCCAGCUCCAGUGGGAGAGACGGGAACCCCGGGAAGUUUCCUGACGCCCAGGUUGACUAAUGAGACUCGGAUAAUCCGUCCUGUACGUUUGUGUUUCCAAAUUGUUCACCGGCCACAUUUCACACCUGCAGGUAGCGCGGACUCUCUUCUCCUAGAAGGCGUUGUGUUGUGCUCGGAGGCUUUCCUGGGAGCAGGGUGCAGUAGCUGGUCACAGUCAAGGUGGAUUUGCAUCCUUCAAGUAUCCAUUUUUUAAAUUAUUUUCAUUAAAAGGAAUAUUUUUUAUUGAGCUGCUCUUAGAAUGUAUCCACUUUCUACGUCUGGUUUUGGUGGGCUUUUUUUUAAAAGAAUUUAUCGUCUGUCUUUAACUGCUGCACUUUUUUCCUGAGAUAAAUCAUUUUGACUUCCAUCCUGAAUUUUGGCACACGAAGGAGAUUGUUGUUUUAAGCCUUUUGGCUCUGUCUCUUUGAGUUUUCUUUCAGGGAUUUGCAAAGCCUCUUUCACCGACUGAGCGUAUCCGGACUCUGAAAAAGUACGACCAUUUUCAGAACUUUUCAGCACUUUCCUGAAGGCGCUUUGGCUUUCUCUUCCAUCGGGGGCUCUUUUCCGUCAUUUCCUCGCUGUGUGUUUUCUUAGGGACACUUUGCACAGAAUCACGUUGAUGACUUUCUUGUGCCUUUUGCAUGUUGGAAAGAAUAACGGGCCUCACUGCUACUCAUGCUUUGAAAACGGAGAUCCUCAAUAAACCAUUCGGGAGGAGAAACGGCUUCACAUUUCUAAAUGUGUUCAACAUCCUUCUACUCUUAUUUCAAAGCAUGCCCGGGGGCAGAGGGAUGCGCAGGUGGUUUGUGUUUUUUCUCAUGUAUUGCCUUCGUAUAAAACUUGCAUGGAAAUAAUACGGAAUCACGGAAUUUUUCAGAGUUGGAAGGGACCUCUAGAGAUCAUCUAGUCCAACUCCCCUGCUAAAGCAGGAUUGCCCAGAGCAC